UGUAGUUUUGCGCCAAUCCAACGGUCGAAGUUCAGUAGCCUUGCAUUCAAGUCGUGGUCUUGGACCCGAGCACCCCGUGCCGGGGUUAGCCGCUGGGCGUCUUUUUAACCAUCGAAAUUAAUUUUCUCAAGGAAGGUCCUCCACCCCUCCCACCACUUAUUCGCACUUGUUCGCACUACUUUCUCCUUCGCGAUGCCCCGAAUCUUGAACGACGCCCUCGAAGCCAUUGGAAACACUCCUCUCAUUCGUUUGGACAGAAUAGCUCGCCACUACGAUCUCAAGUGCAAUCUACUGGGAAAGGUCGAGUACAUGUCUUCCGGUGGUUCAAUCAAAGAUCGUAUUGCCAGGUCCAUGGUAGAAGCUGCUGAAAGGGAGGGCAAGCUAAUACCAGGCAAGAGUGUUGUCAUUGAGCCAACCUCAGGAAAUACUGGCGUCGGACUUGCCAUGGCGUGUGCUAUCAAGGGGUAUUCAGUAAUUAUCACUCUUCCAAACAAAAUGUCACUCGAGAAGGAAGCAGCUUUACGUGCGCUUGGUGCCGAGGUAGUUCGAACACCAACUGAAGCCCCUUCCAAUGCGCCCGAAAGUCAUAUAGGUGUCGCACUAAGAUUGCAACGUGAGAUACCAUAUGGUAUAGUUCUCGAUCAGUACAACAACCCUAAUAAUCCAUUGGCUCAUGAAUUAACUACGGGCCCGGAAAUCAUCGAGGCUGUUACUUCAACACCGUCAACUUCCGAGCGACCUUCUUCUGGAAAAGUGGAUGUCUUGAUUUCUGCUGCUGGCACAGGAGGGACCGUUACCGGUCUUUCUCGGGUCAUCAAACGCACCCAUAACAAGUCUUGCAUAGUCGUCUGCAUUGAUCCGGAGGGUAGUGUAAUGGCCGUCCCUGAAUCUCUUAAUGUCAAGAACAAAGGAAAGUUGUUUGCCGUUGAAGGCAUUGGCUACGACUUCCUACCCGGCGUGCUAUCUCGCGACCCCACUGAUAUCGACGCCUGGAUAAAGACUGAUGAUGAGGAUGCCUUUGAUGCCGUUCAAGUCAUUAUGCAGAAGGAAGGGCUACUGGUCGGAGGUAGCAGUGGGACCGCUCUGAGUGGUGCUAUGAAGUGGUUGACGGGCACGACCGAGGGUAAGGCUAUUUCGCAGAAGCAGGAUGCAAACGUCGUCAUUGUGUUUCCAGACGGUCUCAGGAAUUACAUCGGGAAAGAUUGGUUCUUGAACACCUCUAUGAAAAAGGAACCCACAGCUCUUGCGGGAGUUAUUGCGAGGGUGUUACAGGAUGAUGGAACAGCAUCCAAAUUGUAACUAAGGUUUUUUGUUAUUCGGUUGUUCGGUUGAUACACAUAUUUGCUCUACGUAUAUAUGUUGAGGGUUAUAGGCUGUUGAAAGGAUUCUGUGAGGUUCUGCCGUCUGCUGGGACUGAACUAAAGUCUUCCAUCUUUACCAAGUUAGUAUAUCCUCGUCGUUGAGAUCCAAGUACUGCAAUGCCCAAACGCUGAAGAGUACGUCCAGUCCGACCAUCACCAUCUACCGUAAAGUCCUUUGGCAAGAUCUCCGAAGGGAUCGCCAUUCGAUAAGGAACCGCAGUGUACCGUUUUACCUGUACCUGGGUUAUUGGUAUGUCGUCCUGUUCCUUCGGAAUAUAAAUCCAGCGGUCGUGGGGUUCUA